AUUAUUAUAGUGAAGAUCUGUAGAACCUUGUGUGGUGUCACUUCUAUGAUACGUCCCGACCCAGCGCAAGGUGCGGAGGACAAUUAAUCCUACAGCCGUGGCAGCUUAUAAAAUACCUCGCCGCGAGGGUGUCUCACCAUCACUGUGCUAUCCGUGUAAAGAGUAUACUUUCUGCUCACGGUUCACCUAUGAUCAGUGUACCCGUCUUCCCGGCAAGUUUCUCUCGUCCAUACAGAAUCUGAUAUUUUAUUUCGUUCCAGUAACUACAGUUUGUUUGAGUUAUGUCUUCUCCGUUUUCUCGUUUGUCUUGCAUUUACGAUAUAGGCAACACCAUCACUGCAAUGAGAUCGAAGGUAGUAUUGAUGAUGUCGAUUGUCACAAUUAUCGCUAUCCCCGGGAAGCUGGCCAUCUCGCGACCGGACGAAAGUGAUGUCUUACACGUCCCUACGGGUAGCUUAGGCAGAUGCCCGCCACAUAAUAUAACCUCGGAAUAUUUUCAAAUUACCGUGUUGCGCUCGAUGACGCCAAUGCUUAUUGGUGGUUGUGCCUACAUUCAACAUAAUCCAAAUGAAAUGAAGAGGCAAUCAUUCAGUUUAUGGAUUGGCAAUUUUAAAAACCCCUCGAAACAUUGCUGCGAGAAAAACUAUAUAAACAUGGAACAUUACCAUUUUAACUGUUUGAUAAAACCACCAUCGUCAUUUGAUGACUACAACAAAAGACAUACGUCCGUAAGUCUAUACCAGGUCAUCACCAGUCACCAAACGGAAGCCCGCAAAGUACAUUCUAAAUGUGCCAUGUAUAACGUGAUCAAAGGCAACGACACGAUGUUUCGGAUGGCGAUUAGCGGAAACUCUUCAUGCACCGGCUUGUUGGACUUGCUGACCCACCCAAAGCCGAUAUAUCCCAAUAAUAAAGACGGCUACAUGUUUUUACGUUUCAAUAAAUACCCCAAUUAAAUCCUGUGACCUAUUUUAGCAAGAGACUAAUUUUAAAUUACAUAAAUAUUUGGUGUGUAAUAUGUACCUAUAUUAUUAUAUUAUAGACAUUUUUUUUUUCU